GAGAAACAAGGCGGUGCUUGUUUCCAGGAAGUAGCACAGCAACGUGACUUCACAUUGCUCCAUUUUAGUUCCCUGCUAGCCUGCAUUUCAAAUUAUAUUUUAAUCAAGUUCAUACAUUAGGACAGAACAUGGGUGAUGAUGAGAAGUAUGACGGGAUGUUGCUUGUUAUGGCACAACAGCAUGAAGGAGGUGUACAAGAGUUAGUAAACACGUUUUUCAGCUUCCUCCGGCGUAAAACAGACUUCUUCACGGGUGGAGAGGCAGGAGCACCAGAGAAGCUGGUGAAGGAGUCGUUUGCCCACCACAGUGGUAUUGCCCUGAAGGCCCACAGAGAGAAGGAGAAGAGGCAGGAGAAGGAGAAGAGAGAGAAGGCAAAGAGGGCUGCCAAGCUAGCUGAGGAAGAGGAGGAAAAGAAGAGGAAGAACGCAGACGACGAGCCCAAAAUCAAAGAACUGACAGACGAAGAGGCAGAGAGACUUCAGUCUGAAAUCGACCAGCAAAAGAAACAAGAGGAGAAGAAAGAGGCCACAAAUGCAGUAGCUCCAGCUGAGAAAGCUGAGAAGGAAGGGAGAGAGAAGGGAGACAAGGGGACGGAUUCCGAAGGAGAAGAAGACGAGAAAGACAAGGACAAGAUUAAACCCAACGCAGGCAACGGAGCUGACCUGGCCAACUAUCGCUGGACACAGUCCCUGUCUGAAGUGGACCUGGUGGUGCCUUUUGAUGUGAAGUUCCGUUUGAAAGGGAAGGAUGUGGAGGUGGACAUCCAGCGUGGUAUGCUGAAGGUGGGUUUGAAGGGCCAUCCUCCUGUGAUCGAUGGACAGCUCUACAACCACGUCAAGGUGGAGGAGAGCUCCUGGCUCAUUGAGGACGGCAAGGUGGUCACCAUUCACCUGGAGAAGAUCAACAAGAUGGAGUGGUGGAAUAAGAUGGUGACCACGGACCCAGAACUCAACACGAAGAAGAUCUGUCCGGAGAACUCGAAGCUGUCAGAUCUGGAUGGGGAGACCCGUGGUAUGGUGGAGAAGAUGAUGUAUGAUCAGAGACAGAAGUCCAUGGGUCUACCCACCUCCGAAGAGCAGAAUAAACAAGACAUCCUCAAAAAGUUCAUGUCGCAGCACCCGGAGAUGGACUUCUCUAAAGCCAAAUUCAGCUGAGAGACGUUGCUGUCGUUCCCCAGACAACCCUCCAUACCCCUCUGCACUCUUACUCUGCCCAAGAAAACAAAACAACCACUAUGAAUCCUUAUCAAAAGCAACUUCCAGCACCGAUGUUACAGUUGAAUUGAAUCACCCCUAUGUUACUCUCUUCAUCACAGUCUCUCUUUCUCUCCCCUUUUCUGUCGUCAUGGGAUGCUGGCUUCCUGUUAGUCUCAUUCCUGUGACAGAAACUUGAUGACUGUAGUGACAUCUUUGUUCUGUUCCAUGUGUUCUGAGUGUCUCAAUAAAUGUUUGGAACCUUU